UGAUAAGUUUUACUAGUUGGCUUGUUUCCUACAACCGUACGACUUUUUUUUAAUCAAAAUUUUGUAUCCUAAAUCAGUAAAUCACAAACCAAUUCACAUAUCAUGUCUCAUCUUCAAGAGCUAGACCACCUCAGAAUCCCAUUUGAUGACAUCAAAUCUGCCACCAACAACUUCUCUCACCAAAAUUUCCUCGGCCAAGGUGGAUUUGGGCGGGUCUACAAAGGUCAGCUCCCCUCCACCGACUCGAGUGAGCCAGGUACCACGGUGGCUGUAAAGCGGUUAGAUGUGAAGCUCGGUGGACAAGGAGAACAUGAGUUCCUAACCGAAAUUCUUAUGCUUGCUAGUUACAAACAUGACAAUCUUGUUUCUCUCAUUGGAUUCUCUGAAGACAGUAAUGAGAAAGUUCUAGUUUACAAAUACGAGGUUAAUGGAAGCCUCGACAAACAUCUGGCCUCCAUAGACCUCACAUGGGCGCAACGUUUGCGUAUUUGUCUUGGGGCGGCACAAGGACUCGAGUAUCUUCAUGAAGGUGUUGGAGCGGGGCACAGGGUGCUACAUCGUGAUAUUAAAAGCUCUAAUGUGUUGCUAGAUGCCUACUGGGAAGCUAAGAUUUCGGAUUUUGGAUUAUCUAAAAUAGGUCCAACUAAUCAACCAUUCACUUUUCUUGUCACUAAUGCUUGCGGCACGUUUGGCUAUCUUGAUCCACUAUAUCUAGCCACCGGAGUACUUACAAAAGAAUCUGAUGUGUAUUCUUUUGGAGUUGUAUUAUUUGAAGUCCUGUGUGGGAGACCUGCGAUGAUUGUGAAACACGAAGAUGAGCGUAGAUUUCUAUCUCAUCUGGUGAAACUUCAUCAAGAGAAGGGAACGCUACACCAAAUUAUAAUCCCCAAUCUACUCGAGCAAAUGAAGCCGUAUUCCUUAGAAGUGUUCUCCAAUAUUGCUUUUCAAUGCCUGAAUGAAGAUCGUAAACAACGCCCAACGAUGGGUUUAGUUGUCAAAGAGUUAGAAAAAGCUUUAGAACAUCAACUGGAUACGCGAUCAACCGCUUCAGACCCUCGAAUCCGUACACGAACGAGGUUAUGGGGAUCGGUGAUUGGUGGAUGGCCAUUCUUGUUCGAGCUUGAGAGCAAUCAAAAACUGAGGAAGAUCACGAUAGGUCACGACCGUUGGAUUCAUUCACUCAUGUUUACGGUGGAAGAUUCUGAUGGUUUGUUGCAUUCUUCUGAACAAUAUGGUGGGCUCAAUGACGCUAACAACAAGGGGGUUGAAAUUUCUAAGAUCCUCUUUGAAGCCGAUGAAGAGAUAAUCGGGAUAGCAGGAACUGUUGGGAGACGUUAUGGUCUUGAGUUAAUCACCACGUUGUCAUUUGUGACUAACAAAAGAACGUAUGGUCCUUUCGGAGAAAAGGACUAUAUUCGCCCAAGAAAAAAGGCACAGUUUUCAAGCUCAUGGGACUUGGGUUCGUUUCAUGGGUUCUAUGGUCGUUGUGGCUGGUACGUCGAAGCCCUUGGUUGUUAUUUGAAGACCAACAUUUGAAAGACUUUCUUAUAGAUGCAAAAUAGAUAUUUCUAGUAGAAACUAUUAUCUAUUGAUCGAUAAUGAUAACUUUAACCAA